CACCAACGUUAACGCUUCUCCAUCCUCUGCUUCUCCUCUCUAUAAAGAUCUGCUCCGCUUCGUCUUCGUCCCCGGCGAUUUCGAAUCGAAUCCUCGUACGUUCCGUUGCUCGAUCGCCUCGCCAUCGGUAACUGCCGCCCCGCCCCGCGGCGUUGGUCGUGCGCCCGGCCGGUCGUUGUUGGGAAUUCGAUCGAGCGGUUUCAAUUUUGCUGCUGUUUGUUUGUUGAUUUUUUGUUGGGAUCGGAGGGGAGGAAUUGGGAUUAGGAUGGCCACGCCGACGCCGACGCCGACGCCGGCGGCGAGGAGGCCCAGGGUGAGGCGGCCGUUCGCGGCGGUGGCGUCGCUCUCGGCGGCGAGGAACCGGAUGCUGCUGCCGGCGUCGGCGGAGAACGUCCUCGAGGUCUCCGACGAGAUGUCUUCGUCCUCGUCGUGCAUCCGCCGGUCGAAGAAGGUCGCGGGCGAGGCGGCGGGGAAGCAGGCGACGGCCUUCGCCGUGGGCGGCAAGGCGGUCGCCGUCGUCAGGAAGGGCAAGAAGAAGUGCUCCUGCUCCACGCCCGCUUCCAAGAGACCGGCGCCGAGGACACCGAGCGGCAGGGGCAAGGUCUCGGCGGCCCCGGCGAUGGCGAUGGCGAUGGCGGAGUACGAACCGCCGCGCGCGCCGCUGUGGGACUUCUCCGAGGAGAAGAAGGUCAGGGCGAGGCUCUCGUCGCCCUGCGACGGCGGCGGCGCGGAGGAGGAGGAAUCCAUGGCGUCGGGGAAGAAGAGGGCGACGUGGGGCGCGACGCUGGAGGAGGCCAUGGCGGGCCUCCCGGAGCCCGGCGAGGGCCGCGUCCGGUACCUGGUGGACACGUUCGAGCGGCUCCUCUCGCUGUCCCGCUCCUCCGGGGGCGAGCCCCGGAGCAGAGUGCGCGCAAGGAGGAAGAACAACAACAAGGAGGCCGCAGCGUCGGCCGACGAGAUGGACAUGACCUCGUACCCCUCCGUCGCCGCGUCAUCGUCUUCCGAGGUCUCGUCCUCCAUCGUCGACCUCCCUCGCCGCAACAGCAGGAGCAGCAGCAGGAGGAGCAGUGGACGAGACGAGCGUCGGCUGAAGAGAUGCAAGAGCAUCGACUCGUCGGAGAGGAGCUGGAGCAGGAAGGUGACGAGCCAGCAUCCGUUCAAUCUUAGGACCGAGCAAAGAGGAAAGGUGAAGGAAGACAACUUUGUGGAGAUGAUGAGGAUGCUGCUGCUGGAGGAGGAGAGGCUGCGCAACCCACUCGCUCAGGGCCUCCCAUUGACCACCGAUGAGCCCGAGAACCUAAUGAAACCGCCGGCGAAAGAGCCCACGGAACCGUUCGAUGUCGUGCUACAUAGCGCCGUUCGCGCAGUCGGUCGUGCCAGGUUUGAUCAUCAGAUUACGGAGCGAAACAUCUUCCUUGAGAAGCUGGAGCUGGAGAAGGAGAGGCAGCAGAAGAUGGACGAGGAGGUCGAGAUCAAACAGCUGAGGAAGGAGCAGGUGCCGAAGGCGCAUCCGAUGCCGGAUUUCUCCAAGCCGUUUCUGCCCAAGAGGUCAGUGAAGCCCCAGACAGUUCCCAGGGAGCCAAGGUUCCAUACAAGAUCUACGACGAGCACGAGGCACAACCCCAAGACCUAGUCAUCGGUGCCUAAUUAGCUUCAAUGAAUCAAAAAUCCAUCUUCAAUUUUUUCCUGCAUCGCAUCCAAGAAGACCUGGUCACAACUCACAACUCGUAAGAGCAUCGUAGAAAUCGUCGCUGCCAUUAGGCAUGCACAACGCUGCUUGGCUAAUGGCUUUCUGACAAAAAGGAAAGGACACUCACACACCAAUCCCUUGCUGUUGAUGUAAGCUGUCAAGCUCAUGUGUGUCUUAAGCAUGAGUAUACUAGCUUUGACUUUAAUUACAUCGUCUUAAAACAUCGCCAUCCAUUUCAGUGGAUGAUAUAUGUAUACAGCUUGUCUUGCUUGUCGC